AUGUGUUGUGAUCUUGAAAUAGAUGUCAAUGGUGAACACAUUUUCUUUCUUGAUAAGGAAAUUCUUGCAUCUUAUUCGAAUCGAGUAAGCAAUUUACUCGCAAAUUUCACUGGGAAAACCCGGAACCUGAAACUCAUAUUCAACGAUUUCCCAGGUGGUGCAGAGAGUUUCGAGCUCAUUACAAGCUUUUGCCAUAACAAUGGCACCAUUGACAUAACUCCAUCCAACAUAUUUUUGCUGCAUUGUGGUAGUACUUUCAUGGAAAUCCCUAGCUUGAUCAUGCAAACCAAGUUGUACCUUGAAGGCAACCAUUUCUGGAACUGGUCUGAAUUCAUCAAUGGUUUAAAACAAUUCCAGAUUUUAUUCCCUUCCGUAAACACUUCAAGUUUUCAAGAUCUCUUGAAUACCCUUUUAGGAAAUCUAAACCUUCCUAGCUAUCUCACUGGUUCCUGUCCUUCAUCAUCAAACAGCUCUAGUUUUCGGUUUUCUUCAAGCGAUAUAAGUCCUAGAAGUUCAAGAUGCAAUACCCAUCAAGAUUCUUGGCAGUUUGAUGAUCUUUCUUUUUUAAACAUCGAUUUAUUCGAAAAACUAAUAAAGUCAAUGAUUUUCCUACAUUUUGACCACCCGAGAAUAUGUUCGUUCAUCUUCCAUUACCAAAGAUCGAAGUUUUUCUUGUGUUCUUCUCGAGAUCAGAAGCGCAAACUCUCGGAAACUAAUAUGAAUCUAUUGAGUUUGAUCAGUGGGAGUGCGUAUUCGUGUAGAGCAUUACUUGAUGCCUUCGGAAUGAGCUUGAGUUUGAAUCUUAGAACGGUUGAAAGGUCAAAGUUAGAGAAUUUGCUUGGAUCGCGACUAGAUGAGUUUAGGAUCAAUGAUUUACUAAUCCCUGGCCAGAAAAAAAUGGCAUUUGAUGUGGACUUGAUUCUGAGGUUAAUCAAAGUUUUUCUACACGAAAGAAGGAUCAACGGGUUCUUCGUGCAUCGAGCCAAAAAAGUAGGGUUCUUGAUGGAUUUGUUCAUGUUAGAAGUGGCUCCCGAUCCUUUCCUUAAACCUUCCAAGUUUCUGGCAUUAGCCAUGGCUUUGCCAGAUAUUUCUAGAGAAUCCCAUGACAGAAUCUACCAAGCAAUCAACUUGUACCUUGAGAUGCAUCACGGUUUAAGCGAAGUACAAAACAAGAAGAUAUGGAGCGUUCUUGACGUCAACAAGCUUUCCGUUGUCAGAACAAAACUAAAGAAGAACUUACCCUUUUCCAAGCAAACUCGAUUCAAGAUCUUUCUUAACGACGAAUUCGUGGUUCAGAAGUUUUCUCGUCACGUGAAAAGGAGAACAGAAAAUGAAAAGCGAGGUGCCAAAGUCGCACAAAAUACACCGAAGUUUAUGCCAGGGAAACCAAGAACCUUCGAUCCAUUCAAUGUUAAAUCCUUGCCUCGACUAUGUCACUAG